AUGUCUUUCUCUAAAACUCCUUUUUCUCAAUUGAUUUUAGUCAUUCUUUUGUCCUUUUCAACUAUUAUUCACAGUACUAUCAUAGAAACAAAAUGUUUACAAAACAAAACUAGUGUUCCCGGACUGAUUGUGUUUGGGGACUCCAUACUAGAUACAGGUAAUAAUGACUACAUUAUGACUGCAAUGAAAUGUAAUUUUCAACCAUAUGGUAAAGAUUUUGGUGGAGGAAAUCAACCAACUGGGAGGUUCAGCAAUGGUUUAAUCCCUUCAGAUUUCAUUGCUGAAAAAUUACAUCUCAAGAAGCUUUUGCCUCCUUAUCUUGAUCCAAAUUUGAAACGUAAAGAUCUUCUCACAGGUGUUUGCUUUGCAUCUGGUUCCAGUGGAUAUGAUCCUCUAACUUCUAAACUAGCAUUAGUGCUAUCAUUAUCAGAUCAACUAUUCAAAUUCAUGGAAUACAAAACCAAGAUACAUGACUUUGUUGGUGAAAAAAGAGCAACAACAAUUAUAUCGAAAAGCAUAUACAUCUUGAGCUCAGGCAGCAACGAUAUUGCCAAUAAUUUCUUUGCGUUACCAUUUAGGAGACUACAGUAUAAUAUUGAAACUUACACAGAUUUCUUGGUUUCAGAAGCUACCAAAUUCUUACAAGAUCUUUAUGGACUUGGAGCUAGAAAGAUUGGAGUACUUGGUUUGCCAAAUUUAGGGUGUGUGCCUUCUCAAAGAACACUCAAAGGAGGAUUUCUCAGGACAUGUUCAGAUCCUGAAAACCAGGCUGCAAUGCUCUUUAACAAGAAGCUAUCUUCCCAAUUAGAUAUCCUCGGGAAAAAAUUUCCUGAUGCUAAAUUUGUCUACAUUGAUAUUUACAGUAUAUUAUCGGAUAUGGUUCAAAAUCCUACUAAAUAUGGUUUUGAAGUAGCAGAUAAAGGAUGUUGUGGCACGGGAGAUCUUGAAGUAGGGCUUCUGUGUAACCCUCUUUCCUUGGGGAUAUGUUCAAACAGGUCAAAUUACAUAUUUUGGGACAGUUUCCAUCCUACGGAAAAGGCAUACAAUAUUAUUUCUACUGAAGUGUUUGAUAAAAACGUCAAUAAAUUCUUCUAA